CCAGUUGAGGAAGUCAUGGGUUCCCACAAAAUUCAAUUGGGUUUGGCUCUUUUCAUCUGGGCAUCACUGGCGUGCCUUUCUUCUAGUCUCCCAAGUGAAUACUCCAUUGUUGGGCAAGAAAUAGUGGAACACUUUCCUGCAGAGGAGAGAGUUGUGGAGCUUUUCAGGCUGUGGAAGCAGAAGCACAGGAAGGUGUAUAGGCAUGCUGGAGAGCAUGAGAGGAGGUUUGAGCAUUUCAAGAAGAAUCUCAAGUUUGUGUUGGAGAAGAAUGCAAGGAAGAGGGAUGCAAAAAAUGCCCAUCGUAGUCAGAGGGUUGGGUUGAAUGGGUUUGCUGACAUGAGUAAUGAGGAGUUCAGGAAGACUUACUUGUCCAAGAAGGUGCAAAUGCCCCUUCUCAAAAGGGAGAAUCUUAACCUGGUGAAGAAAAUGGGGGGCAAACCAGUGAAGUCAUGUGAUGCUCCUUCUUCUUUCGAUUGGAGGAAGAAGGGAGUUGUGACUGCUGUCAAGGACCAAGGCAGUUGUGGAAGUUGUUGGGCAUUCUCUAGCACUGGAGCUAUUGAAGGAGUCAACGCAAUAGUCACUGGAGACCUCGUUAGCCUUUCAGAACAAGAGCUUGUGGAUUGUGACAGCAGUAACGAAGGAUGUGAGGGAGGCUACAUGGACUACGCUUUUGAAUGGGUUAUUAGCAAUGGUGGUAUUGAUACGGAAACUGAUUACCCAUACAGCGGUGUGGAUGGUACAUGCAGCAUCACCAAGGAGGAAACCAAAGCCGUCUCCAUUGACGGAUAUGAAGAUGUGGGAGAAACAGACGCUGAUCUUUUAUGUGCUGCUGUUCAGCAGCCCGUUAGUGUUGGUAUGGACGGUUCUGCUUGGGAUUUCCAACUUUACACCGGAGGUAUCUACGACGGUGAGUGCUCCUCUGAUCCAAACGACAUUGACCAUGCAGUUCUUAUAGUGGGGUAUGGUUCUGAAGGUGAUGAAGAUUACUGGAUUGUAAAGAAUUCAUGGGGGACUAGUUGGGGGGUAGACGGAUACAUUUACAUUAGAAGGAACACUAGUUUACCAUAUGGGGUUUGUGCAAUCAACGCCAUGGCUUCAUAUCCUACCAAAGAGUCAUCUGCACCUUCCCCAGCCUCUCCACCACCACCUCCUACGCCGCCGUCACCACCGCCACCACCAUCACCACCACCUCCACCACCAUCACCGCCACCACCACCACCAUCUCCUUCACCAAGUGAUUGUGGGGACUUCUCCUAUUGUCCAUCUGAUCAAACAUGCUGUUGCCUCUAUGAAUUUUAUGGCUUCUGCUUCAUCUACGGUUGCUGCGACUACCAGAAUGCGGUUUGCUGCACUGGAACUGAAUACUGCUGCCCGAGUGAUUACCCCAUUUGUGAUGUCCCCGAGGGCCUCUGUCUCAAGAGUCACGGAGAUUACUUGGGAGUAUCUGCAAAGAAGAGAAAAAUGGCCCAUCACAAGUUCCCAUGGACUAAAGAGGAGCAAACAGAGAAGACAUACCAACCUCUGCAGUGGAAGAGGAACCGGUUUGCUGCAAUGCGCUAAGAGCGGGAAGAGAAGUUAUUGUUUCUGUGAAGUUUGAAGUUUGCUGUUACUUCUGCUAUUUAUAUUUAUGUCAAACAGGAAUUUGUUCAUCCUGUUUUUCUGAGUAUGUUCUGAUGAACAUUGAUUCCGUGGAACAUAUGCUGUAAGGAAAACCAGAAACGAAAACAUUUAGGAGGAAAGUGAUUUUUCUCUGCUUCAUGCAAUGGACACAAUAAAUUGAUUGACUAUACAGUUAA